CAUCUCAGAUUCGUCACUCUUGGUGUAAACUGCAAUUCACUGUAAAGAGUUUAAAGUGCAUAUGAUGGGAUGUAUAUAAUGUGUGUUUGUAGUAAGUGAUGUUCUGAAUGUGUCUCUCAGGAAUCAGAGGGACGUAUCAAGGCCUCACAGCGACCGUCCUCAAACAGGGAUCCAAUCAGGCGAUCCGGUUCUUCCUCAUGACCUCUCUGAGGAACUGGUACAAGGGUGACAAUCCCAACAAAUCCAUCAACCCCGUCAUCACCGGAGCGUUCGGUGCGAUCGCAGGAGCGGUGAGUGUGUUUGGAAACACGCCGCUGGACGUCAUCAAGACCAGAAUGCAGGGUUUGGAAGCUCAUAAAUAUAAAAACACAAUGGAUUGUGCCCUGAAGAUCAUGCAGCAUGAAGGACCAGCGGCGUAAGUGUGUGUGUGUGUGUGUGUGUAUGUCUCUGAG